AAAAACGUAAUUGUCGCGUUAUGAUGAUGUUUCGAGUGUUGUAGUUGGGAGCGACUGGGGAGAAGUAGCAGUUGUACUGUUUACCUUUUGGUACUGAACUGGAACUAAGUAGUCUGUGCAGCUGCUGGUGUUGAAUGUAUUUUGUGCAACUUAAGUGACCCCUAGUUCUGUGGCAGUAGGUCAUAGUGAUAGUCUUGGUGAGGUGAGGACAGAAAGGAGUGAAGGGCUGAUUUUGGUACGGAGAAUGUGGUAAGGGGCGUGAAGACCCCAGGAUGUCAGCGAACCGGCAGCAGCACUCAUCCGCUACAUCAUCUUCUUCUGUUGCUGCCGGGGCCGCUGCUAGUCAGGGUCAGAGUACAGCUUCCUCUGCAUCAGGCUCCGGCGUGGGGCGGUCAGUCCUCAGUUCAUCUGUUGCUAGUGGGUCGCGGGGUUCUACAGGGAGGCCUGGUAGCACCAGUGUAGGAAGCAGCAGGAAAAGGCCCCUCUUAAAUCCUCUUUGUAACGGACUGCUCAACUCCUACGAAGAUAAGAGCAACGAUUUUGUAUGCCCUAUUUGCUUUGAGAUGAUCGAGGAAGCUUAUAUGACCAAAUGUGGACACAGUUUCUGUUACAAAUGUAUCCGACAGAGCCUUGAGGACAAUAAUCGGUGUCCCAAGUGUAAUUAUGUGGUAGACAGCAUUGACCAGCUAUAUCCAAACUUUUUAGUGAAUGAACUUAUCUUGAAGCAGAAGCAGAGAUCAGAUGAGAAGCGUCUUAAACUGGACCAUUCAAAUGGUCACAGAUGGCAGAUAUUUCAAGAUGCUCUGGGAACUGAUCAAGAGAGUUUAGAUUUAGCCAAUGUGAACUUAAUGUUGGAACUGCUGGUACAGAAGAAAAAGCAGCUAGAAGCAGAUUCUCACUCUGCUCAGUUGCAGAUCUUAAUGGAGUUUCUCAAGGAGGCUAGAAGGAACAAGAGAGAGCAACUGGAGCAGAUACAGAAGGAACUUGGUGUUCUGGAAGAAGAUAUCAAACGUGUGGAGGAAAUGAGUGGUUUGUAUUCACCAGUCAGUGAGAGUGACCAUUCUAGGCAUCUAGACAGCACUGUGCCACAGUUUGAAGCCCCUUCACCAUCACACAGUAGUAUUAUAGACUCCACAGAAUACAUUCAGCCUCCUGGAUUCAGUGGCAGCUCACAGGGUAAACGACAUCCGUGGUACAACAGCACAUUGGCAUCACGGCGAAAGCGUUUGACAGCACAUUUUGAAGAUCUAGAACAGUGCUACUUUGCUACGAGAAUGUCCCGUAUUACUGAUGAAAGCAGGACCAUAAACCAACUGGAUGAGUUCCAGGAAUGUCUAUCUAAAUUUACACGCUACAAUUCAGUCCGUCCCCUCGCAACACUGUCUUAUGCUAGUGACCUCUACAAUGGCUCCAGUAUUGUCUCAAGUAUUGAGUUUGAUAGAGACUGCGACUAUUUUGCCAUUGCUGGGGUAACAAAGAAGAUAAAAGUGUACGAGUAUGGCACUGUGAUCCAGGAUGCAGUGGAUAUUCAUUACCCUGUUAAUGAAAUGACCUGCAAUUCCAAAAUCAGCUGUAUCAGCUGGAGUAGUUAUCACAAGAACCUGUUGGCCAGCAGCGACUAUGAAGGUACUGUGAUACUGUGGGAUGGAUUUACAGGACAAAGGUCAAAGGUUUACCAGGAGCACGAGAAAAGGUGUUGGAGUGUAGAUUUCAAUUUGAUGGAUCCUAAACUCUUAGCGUCUGGCUCUGAUGAUGCUAAAGUGAAAUUGUGGUCUACAAAUCUGGACAAUUCAGUGGCAAGCAUUGAGGCCAAAGCUAAUGUUUGCUGUCUUGGUUUCUCCACUUCCAGUAAUUAUCAUAUCCUGUUUGGCUGUUACCAUCACUGUGUUCAUUACUAUGAUCUUCGAAACACUAAACAGCCUAUCAUGGUUUUCAAAGGUCAUCGGAAGGCAGUUUCCUAUGCAAAGUUUGUGUGCGGUGAGGAAAUAGUUUCAGCGUCAACUGACAGUCAGUUGAAAUUGUGGAAUGUAGGGAAGCCACACUGCUUGAGAUCCUUCAAGGGUCAUAUUAACGAGAAGAACUUUGUCGGGUUGGCAUCCAAUGGAGAUUACAUUGCCUGUGGAAGUGAAAAUAAUUCAUUGUACCUGUACUACAAGGGUCUUUCAAAGACACUUUUGACAUUUAAAUUUGACACGGUGAAGAGUGUCCUGGAUAAAGAUAAAAAAGAAGAUGACACCAAUGAGUUUGUCAGUGCGGUUUGUUGGAGAGCACUACCAGAUGGGGAAUCCAAUGUUCUCAUAGCUGCUAACAGUCAGGGCACUAUAAAGGUACUGGAACUGGUAUAAGACUACGUUGGACAGAGUUGAAGAUCCUGUGAUGUCAUCAAAUCAUAUUCGCCUUCAUUUGCUGUUGGACUUGCCAUGCCAAAGUCUUCUUGCUCUGUACACAUCUAACAAUCUUACAAGGUCUUGGACAGCUUCUAAUGUUUUUACAAAAUUAAGUGGGAAAAAUGUUCUUCCACAAUCAGGAUAAGGAGAACAUUGGAGAUAUGCAGAGAUUUCAUUGCUAUGUGGAAUACAGUGAAAAAAAACUGUUUCUUUUGCUAACAGAAAUAAAGUUCAUUAACCUCGA